AUGGCUCACCCAGAUCUAGCGAUGGGUAGGAAUGAAACCUUAAGCCAAAUCCUCUAUGAUGCCUUGGAAGAACUCCUUGAAGACCAGUUUAACAUUUUUAAAUGGAAGCUACAAGACAUUGACCAUGAUGGAAAGGGGAAAAUCCCCAAAGUUCAGCUGGACAGUGCUGAUAGAUCCGAUGUUAUUCAUCUCAUGUGUGACUUCUAUGGUGAGGCCAAUGCAGUAAAAGUAUGCAUAUGUGUCCUUGAACAUAUUGGCAAGGAAGACAUUGCUGCAAAUCUCAAAGAAGCAACACGGAAAGGUAAGAAAUCGUAGCAUAUUGCUGGAGAUUCACUUUUUUCUUUUCUUGUUCAUGUUAAAGAGGAUCUCCAGUAUCAAAUGCAUCGGAUCCUGGUGGAACUGCUAACGGCGACUCACCUGAAGAACUCCAUUAUCAGGCAGGGGUAUAAGGACUUGGGCAGCCCUUAAGGUACCUUAGACUCAAGUUGUUAAGGGCCUUGUAAGUUAAUACAAGAAGCUUAAACUUGGCUCAGUAUCAUGUGGGCAGCCAGUGCAAGCUUUUAAGCACUGGAGUUACAUUCUAGCAGUAGUCUGUCCCCAUGAACAGUGGAGCCACUGCAUUUAACAUCUCCACGUUUGAUUGGGAAGGGAUUAUAUAUGUCUGUGUAGCUCAUGUACAGUCUAGAACAGCUUUUUAUAUUUACUGAUCUUUCUCAUUUGAAGACAAGAGAUGGAAUUCCUAACAAAAAAUAUUUGGUGCUUUCUCAAUACUUCUGCUAGCACAUGUCCUUUUCUUAGGUUCUAGGUUAACCUACAGGGACUACAUAAAGGGCAAAUUUCAGUCAAUGAAAGUCCACCCUUCCCUUGGUGAAAAUCUGCUUCGAAGCUGCCAGUAUUCAAAGCUAACCUUUGAUAUUGAGAGUCCCAGAAAGCAGAAGGAAGAACAUGAAAUCAUGGCUUUAGGAUGGGUAUAUUUUCGAAACACUUACAUGGACUAUUGUAGCCUUCAAACAGAGUAUACCACUGAAAAGCUAUUUAAUCCUGAUAGAAAUGGACUGGUUCCACAAAUUGUUGUACUGCAGGGAGCUGCAGGGAUCGGGAAAACAACAACGGCAAGAAAAAUCAUGUUUGACUGGGCCUGUGGAAGACUUUAUCAGGCCAUGUUUGAUUAUGUUUUCUACAUUAAUUGUGGAGAGAUGAACCUCUGUAAUGAGGAUAGUAGUAUUGCAGAAAUCAUUUCAAAAUGGUGGCCCCGACAGGAUGAAAUUAAGAAGAUGCUGGAGAAUCCGAAGAAGCUGCUGUUUGUAAUUGAUGGGUUUGAUGAAUUAAGAUGCUCCCUUCAACCAGACCCCUUUUGUACUGAUCCCUGGCAGAAGGGGCCUGUGGAGGUCCUCCUGGGCAGCAUACUUAAGAAAAAACUCCUUCCUGAAUCCUACUUGAUAAUAACAACGAGACCAACAGUCCUGGGGUAUCUCCAUGAGUGCUCGGAGGAAUUAUGUCGCCAUAUCAAGAUCCUGGGAUUUUCAAAAGAGGACAGAGAGAAAUAUUUCCACAAAUUCUUUGAGAAUAAAGACCGAGCAACUCAAGCUUUCAGUCUUGUAAAACAGAACGAGACCCUCUUCACCAUGUGCUCGGUUCCCCUUGUGUGCUGCAUCAUCUGCAUGGUGUUGGUACAACAGAUGGAAAACAGUGAGGAUCUUUGGCAAACAUCCAACACACUCACUGCCGUCUAUAUGCUUUACCUUUCCAGCUUGCUAAAGCUGCACCACAACAGCCCGUCAAAGGAACAUAUUAGAAAGAACUUGAAAAGUUUGUGUUCUCUGGCUGCAGAUGGAAUCUGGAAACGAAAAAUAUUGUUCUGGGAGGAAGAAAUCAAAGAGCUUGGCUUAGAUCAGGAAGACUCCCUCCCCCUCUUUCUGAGCAAGAGUAUUUUCAGAAGGAACAUCGAAUGUGAACGUGCCUACAGCUUCAUUCACUUAAGCUUCCAGGAGUUUUUUGCAGCCUUAUCUUUCUUACUGGAAGAAGGAGAAGGGCUGAGUUCUGAAAAUCCUAAUCGAGAUGUGGUCAGAUUAUUAGAAAGCUACGCAGUUUCCAGACCUGAUUUAGAAGUAACGGUGCGCUUCCUCUUUGGCCUCGUAAAUGAAGGAAAGGGAAUGAAGGACAUGAAAGAGAGAUUUGGAUGGAAAUUUUCGCCUAAGAUUAAAGAAGUCUUAUUAGAAUGGGUGAAAAACACCACAGAAACAAAGAUGGAUGUACAUGAGAGGCAUAAGCACCGAUGGCUUGAAUGCUUGUAUGAGAACCAAGAGGAAAAUUUUGUGGAAAGUGCAUUGGAUCACGUGACUGAAGUUACCGUACACGGAAGAUACCUGACUAAGACGAGAGUGAUGGCCCAGGCAUAUUGCUUGGAGCACUGCUCUGCUUUGGAGGUCCUUCACGUGGAGGAAAUGUUAUUUAUGAGAUAUUAUGAUUUUACCGAAGAAAUACUAGAAAAAGAGGAGGAGGAAGAAGAGGAAAAACUUACUAGUUCAGAACCACGUUCAGACGGGUAUGUAUGAUUUAAAUAAGGGAUGUUGAGUUUCUCUGCACCUGCCACUUCCACACACGGGAUUUCACCACAUGCAGCAACUUUUUGCCCUUUUCUGAUAUUUUCCAGAGUUUCUGAUGAGGACACACAUUUGACUUUGAACUCUCAUGAAAUUCUCCCCCCACACACACACACCAUGUGUUUUCUUGAUGCUGACCAGCCAGAUCUUGUUUUGAUAGACAGAUUUCUGGUUAAUAGCCAAAAACAGUUAAGACCCCAUUUAACUGUUGGCUGACCAGCUGCUGCAUUAGGAAUUCCUAGAGUGGGCAAAAGGUGUUGACCGUGGCAGCAGGGCAGAUGCAGGAGUUGGGAAGUGUGUGAGUGGUGUGAACUAAAUGUUCCCAUGACGUUGUAUUAUAGAUUAUGGCCUUGGAGGAAAGCAAGAAUGCAAGGGAGUCUGGCUCCCAAAACACAGGGGAGCGGCAUGGCAGGGUGAGCAUCCCAGUUCCCCGGGAGGAUGAUGAGUAACGCACUACUUUUGUGGUGCUUGGAGUCUGUUGAUCAAAAUGGGAGAUAGAGAAUGCUUCUGUAUUGUAUACUGUGAAGCAUGAUAGGAAAUUUUCAUGAAGUUAGAGAGGAGCCUACCUGGGCUGUAUCUUUGUGGCUCAGUCACAGAGUUAUCAGCAUACAGUCACAUGAAAGAGAAAGUAUUUCAUGUCUAUGCAUAUCUAAACUGACAGGCAUCCAUGUUGGGUGUAGUGCUUCUUCUGAGCUACUGAAAAGAAUGGAUAUGUUAAUCUUCAUCUCCAGCAAAAAGAGGUUGCAAUGGAGAAGAGCUUUGAUUUUAGCUCAAAAUGCAAGAUACUUGUUUUUGUAUAAUCUUUUUUUAUUGAGUUUUACAUUGCAUAUUUAAAUUCAAACAUUAAACACCACCAUCAGCAUUUAGGAUUCCCUGAAUCCUUAGACUCCCCUCCACCCUUCCAUGGUUACCAUUUUCAAUAUUUUUCAACUGCCUCACAUAUUUUCUCUUUUUUUCUUACAGUCCAUUUUUACCUUAGUUUUUAUUACAUUACAAGUGUUACUCAAAUCCUGCCAAAGUUUUUAGUCGUUUACAGUGUUCUCUUAAGUACAUUGUAAAUUUUCCCCAUUCCAUAUUGAAGUUCCUCUCUUCCUGGUUUCUGAUUUUCCUGGUCAUUUUCACCAUUUCAGCGUCGUCCAUCAUCUUCAUCAGCCAUUCAUCUCUGGUCGGGACCAGAUAUUUGUAAUCUAAGUUAUCAUGCCUUAUGCUGGAACCAGUGCAAGAGUUAUGCAACUGAGUGAAUGUAAUUUUUAUUGUUUGAAGUUGAGAGCUGAGUUCUGUGAUAGUGCAAUUUUUUUGUAGGGAUACAGUUAGGGCCAAAGGCGCCAUCUUGAGAGUGUGGGGGACAUUGCGCACAUGAGCAUCACACCUCCUUCCCUAAGCUGGGCAGAAGCUUACCAAGCUUUGGGAAGGAGGCACCAGACUUUAAUACUUUAAUACUCUAAUUUACCGGGAGCAUGCAGGGGUCCAGCUCAGUCUCCCAUGUCCACUUACUGCACACCACUGUUCUGAGAGUAAAGCUUUUUGAACCAUAUUUUUGGACUGGAUAAUUUUUAUUUCAAUACAAGAGUCAGUUUUUGCUCAUCCAGUGGCUUCCACUGGAUAAUAAUAAUAAUAUAAUAAUCUCAAUAGGUUAUGGGCCCAGAUCCAGAGACGUAGAAGAGACCCAGAGUGCAAUAGCUGGACUAUGUACAAUUUUUUGAAUCGACUGACUUGUGGUAUUUUUGGGAAACCUGAAGAACCUUUGUUUGGGAAGCUGGAAUCCUGUUGGUAAGUCCUCCUUUUUUGGGGGGAGGAGGUGGCCUGACCCCUUGGAUCAACUCGCACCAUGAUACUGAUAGUGGGACAGGUUGUGCAACAGUGGUAUUUGAUGUGUGUGUCGUGAUUAAAGUAUAAGUUUGAAAACCACCACACUAUUCUCUUCAUAAAAAUAAAAGAAUCUGACGAACCUUUUUUUAACAAGGACAUUUUCUUUCAUCUCUUAGUGAACAGUAUCAAAACCCAGCCAUCUUCAAAGCACUGAAGUCUCCAAAAAGUAACUUAAGGCAUGUGAGGUAAGAAGCUGUUUGCGUUUAACUUCAUUAGAGUCCUUUUGCAAGGGCAAAAUAUUGAUCCUGAUCCUGGGUGUGAUGGACCCAAGUGGGUGUUCCUCUGCACUGUCCUCAGUUUCUUCAGUCAGCAAAAGGCAGCUCUCAAAGCAUGGAAAAGAAACCCACAGAAGCAUCCUCAGUGGUUCCUCUCUAGCUCUCUCAAUCCUAAUAUUGAGCACCAGAAGUAGGCAAUAUUAUGCCCUUGUUUCUGGCCCACCAAGGCUUUUUGCCUGAUCAGGGCAGUCCUGCACUACUGCUGCUUUUUGGUAACUCUGCCCCAGGAUGUUCAUUCCGGGGAGGAGGGUUCAGUGAAUUUAGGGGGACAGACUUGGCAGGCUUGCUAUGACCCACAGUUCUCAUGUCUCCUUCCAACAAACACUGUUUUGGACGUGAUGUUUAAAGGUUGAAUUGUAGAGAACGUGGGCAUUUUGUGGCUGGAAGGAAAUACAAUGCUAGCAUUGUUAUUGUUUUGUUUUAUUGUAUACGCUGAAUCAUUUCCGAUAUACAGAUUUUCAUCCUUUCAUCCAAUUGUCCUCCACAGAGUGAAGUUUUUUAGCGAACAGCUUGUUCCUUGUGGUUUCCUCGCAUCUCUUCUCUCUGUUAACUCAACACUGUUGGAGCUAGAGCUGGGAAGAAAUAAAGUCGGAGAUUCAGGACUGAAGCUGCUAGCUGAGGGACUAAAGCACCCAAACUGCCAGAUACAGAAAGUGAUGUGAGUCAGUGCUUGUUAAGAUUUCAGCCUCCCUGUGUAUCUGCUCCUUUUGCUACAACACGGGGAAACUUUGGCCUUCUAGAUGUUGCUGAACUACAUCUCUCAUAUCCGUGGGCAUUUUCUAUGAUUGUUGGGGCUGAUUGAAGGUUUAAGGUCCUUCCCUUUAUCUCACUCCUUCAUCCUGAAGACAAGUGAGGUCAGCAAUAAGUGGGACGAGAGUCCAUCUCUGUCCGCUAACCCUCUUGAGUAGAGCUGGGUGAUAUUUCAAUUCAUCAUCUGAAACUGAUAUGAAGUUCAGAUUGUGAUACCCGUUUCAGACUUUUUGAGCUGGCAAUACAUCACGGCUCCCUGGCCGCCACCAGCAUAGUGCAUUUCACUUCCAUCUGCCUGUGCUGUACUGGCAGCAGCCGGGAAGCUGCAGUGUACAAUAGUACCUCGGGUUAAGAACUUAAUUCGUUCUGGAGGUUCGUUCUUAACCUUAAACUGUUAUUAACCUGAGGCACCACUUUAGCUAAUGGGGCCUCCUGCUGCUGCCGCGCGAUUUCUAUUCUCAUCCUGAAGCAAAGUUCUUAAUCCAAGGUACUAUUUCUGGGUUAGCGGAGUCUGUAACCUGAAGCGUCUGUAACCCGAGAUACCACUGUAUUGCCAGCUCAAUUGCCUGCUCUCCCAUCUGCCUGUCUGCACAUUUGCCUUUGCCUGAGCAAGUGGGACAGGCUGUCUUUCCUCCACCUUCUCAGGCUCCAAGCUGUGGGGAGGGGGUGGGCAGGAGCGCCUUUGCCCAGCAAGCAGGCAACCUUCUUCAUUUUCUCCUAGGCACUCCACAGCCCCACCACUUUUUCAGCCUUUUUCAAUAUUAUUUCAGAUAUCAUGAUAUAUCACUGAUGGUUAGUUGGUGGUAUAUUACGAUGUUGAAAACCAGAUAUUGCCCAGCCCUACUCUUUUUUAAAAAAAAAGAUAUUUAUUGAGAUUUUCAAAAUGUUACAAAAAAGAGAAAAAGUAAAAUAGAAGCAGAAGAGAGUACAAAGGAUAAAAAUAAUUGACAAAAUAGAAAAAGAAAGAAAAAAAAACAACCAACCCCUUCCCACCAUAUACAAAAAAAUUCCAAAUGAGAAAAAAUGACAGAAAAAAAGAAAAAAAGAAGAAUGCAAAAAUCAAAAAACUUUUAAAACAUUUAAAAACAAAUUCAUUAUUUUCAAAUCCUUAACUGUCAUUACCUUCUUUCUUAGACCUCCUCCUCCUCCCUUUCUUUGUAUCCUAGUUAUUAAUUAUCCCAGCAAAUCCUUGACCUUAUCUUUCUAUAAUAGAAUAAACCUUAAAACUUAAAACUUAAAUCUUAUCCUUACCAACUUCUCAUAAUCAUAACAUUCUUUCAUAAUUCUUUAAACAUCUUUGCUAAAGCCAAGUAAUUUCAUUCCAACAUUCUUCUAUCAUUCAUCAAUUUUAUAAAACAGUUCUAAUGGUUAAAAAAAUAGGUAUAAACAGGUCCAAUCUUCAUCCAGCGUCCCUUCCUCCUGGUUCCAGGUUUUGUCAGUCCUUAUUCCCGUCAAUCUAGCCCAUUAACCUGGCAACCUUAUGUCCGAGGCCCUCAAGUCUCUUCCAUGACCCUUCCGCGGCUCUUCUUCAUAUUUGUAACUGUAUUUUCCCUUGUCUCCUGCUCGAGGUAACUCCAGCUUGACAAUGUUUUUAACCCUUCUCAACAGAUCAGCCCCUUUUCCAUGUUCAACAAUGAAUUCCAUGUAGUAUUUAAAAGCAUGUUUCAAAGGCCCUCCAAAAUUGAGAGCCCCCACAGUCCCAAACAUCUCACGGCCCGUUGCCAUAUUUGAAAAGUCCAAACAUCCCAGCAUAGGGAGGUCAAUCCAGCCCCCCAUUUCCAAACCAAGCCAAACUUUUCCUUUCCAGAUAUGGCUUUUUCCAAGUUCAUUUGUCAAAUCCAUGAAAUCAUAUUCCUGUUGGGCCUGUUCUGUCAAAACACACUCCUGAUUUAAUGUCAAAAACUCCUGUUCUGUCAAGACACACUCCUGAUUUAAAUCCUGAGUGGGCUCCACAUAUUUUCCCACUGUCUGUUCAAAGUUUCCCACUGCCUGUUCAAAAUUUCUAGUCGAAGUCGCCAUCCAAUUCACCUUCUCGUGUAAUUGUUCCAGUAGAUCGUUUGUUUUAUAGAGAGCAUACAACAAGGCUUCUGAAUACAUUGUCCUACAAGGUCAGAUACUUGUUCCCACGGUUGUAAUCUGUAACAGCUGUCGACUCCCUGGAGUCUCACAGUUUCACAGUUACAAUUGUAACAGUUUCACAGUUACAAUUUCACAGACUCCCCCUAGGGGGAAGACUUCUAUUUAUUCUUGCAACAAAGUUUCCUUUUUUAAGAUACUUUGUCCAUAUAUAAUCCUUUAAAAUGUGAAAGGGAACAGUGGAAUCACUAGGUUUCUCUUCUUUUAGCCAUCUGUCAAAAACACUUGUCUUUGGUUAAUGAACUUCACACGUCAGUCCUGACAGCCCGCUCCAGGAUCAGGACGGAGGAAAGUUACUUCACUUUAAAGUCACUUGAAACAGUCCAAAAAGAUCUCCCCCUUCUCCUGCUGUCGAAGGGGGGUUCCACAAUUUUAAAUGGUGAAAUCCAAUCUUUUAAAAGCGAUUUCCUGAGCUCUAGUUUAAAUUGCCUUUGCUUUAUUCUGUUUACAAAAGAACGGAAAGAUGACUUCCUGUUUAGACCUUCCCAUUCCGUACCAAAUUCAAGUAAAUUUUUUAAAGUCCGAUUCUUUCCUACUCGCAAGUCCUUAUUUGAUGUCCAAUUGUUCAAAGUCUAAGUACUCACGGGUGCUUAUUUUAAAGUCCAGAUUGUCCCAGGAAAAAGGCAGCGCUCUCCGGCAACAGCUAUGCGGCUUCGCUCCAUGGAAAUAGCAGUUGACUCACAGCACCGCGCCACUUCCCCCUCUUCACUUCGGAGCCCGUUAGUGGGUUCCUAAGCGGGUUGGGGGGGCGCUAAAGGUGCCCGCCGAGUCCCAUGGUCACAGGCUUCAUCCGCCUGUGAUUUUUAAGUGGGUCCCCGCUUCGCCGUAGCGGAGAAGACCCGUUUUCCGUGGAGCUAGUCCCUCCAGUUCAGAGGGAGUCCGCCAUUGCCGGUGGCGCCACCCCGGAAGUCUGCCCAGCCCUACUCUUGACAUCAGAGAUGCAGAUGAAACAGUAUUUGUGGAGCAGAGGGUCAGAAAGGAACAUGACAGCUUUGUUAGCCAACUUUCGUUGUUGUGACGGAAGGUGUGGAAAUGUGGGAUGUAGUCAUAUGUACAUACAGCUUUCCCCUCUGAGGAAUUCCACUGGCACUUUGCCAGCGCCAAGGCGACCAGAAUAUCUUAGGAGAUGGCAAUGGGGAAAGGAAAAGAUGGGGAUAGAUGCAUAAACACAUUUUAUUUUCGUACUUGUAUUUCUGUUUGCUGUAGGUUAUAUAGCUGUGGACUGACAGGAGCAUGUUGUGAGGACCUGUCCUCUGUGCUCUGUACCAAGCAGACCCUGACAGAUCUGGAUUUAUCAGACAAUGCACUAGGAAAUUUUGGAAUCCGUCAACUUACUGAAGGUUUAAAACAUCCUAACUGCAGGCUGCAGAAGCUCGUGUGAGUGUUAACAAGCAGAACAACAAUGAAAUAAUUGUGCACCUGGAAAACCAACCAGAUUUUUGCAGUCACAUACACUGUUGUAUUGACAACCCUUUCAAAGCCUAACCACCUCGCCAGUAGUCAGCUUGUUCCCCAUAUAAAGCUCACUUUAAGUUCCUUAUUCUCACAUGGUUUGGAUCUGCUAGUCCUUAUUUAACAUCAAAAAAGAAAAUGUUUACUCCAGUUUCGAACUAAAUGUGUGUUUAUUUGAGUUUUUAUUUGUUUCUGCCUACAAAACUUCCCUUUCUCUUGUUCUUGUGUCUUUUUGGAGAAUGUUUGGGGAAAUGAGAAAUGUUGGCAAAGAAACAAAUGUUAAGUUUUUAAGGCUGCCCUAAUAAUGUAAACUGUUGAGAAAGUAAGAACUCAACAAAAUAAAAUACACACCAAGGGGUGUAAGGGGCCAUUCUCAUGGCAGAUCCGCACUGGCCUCAUUUGGACCUGGGAAUUUGGCAACCAGAAAACCACCCCACUGUCCUUUCUGACCCAUUGUGCAAAACCCUUCACUUAUUUUGCUUGCUUUUUUUAAAAAAAAAAUCAUGUUCAGUGUUUCCUGCAUUGCAGGGGCUUGGAUUAGAUGGUUCUUCUGGUCCCUUCCAAUCUGAUUGUUCUUGUUUUUGAAAUUCUAUUCACAACUUAUCCAGGAGUAUUCUUGUUUUUUCUUUUGCUGUCCUCUGCAGGUUAUCCAACUGUUCUUUCUCAGGAACUGCUUGUUGGGGUUUCGCCAAAGUUCUGCGUACAAGCCAGACGCUGAGAGAGUUAGAUCUGCGUUUCAAUAAAGUGUGGAACAUUGGAAUGAUGUUGCUGUGUAUGGGACUAAAGGAUCCAGCUUGUAAAUUAGAGAACCUACAGUAAGUAUGACUGGUGCAGUUCACUCAACUGAAUGCUUCAUGCAGGAGUUUUCAACUUGGGGGGGGGGAGGCAGUGGGCACACUUGGAUUAUUUUUUUAAAAUAUAAAUUUGUAUUAAUUUUCCAAUAUUUACCCAAUAUUACCACAGUUUUGCCAAUUAUACAGAUACCAAUUAAUAUCAAAAUAGUUCCAAUUAAUUCCAAAUUUAUACAAUUUAAGCAAAGUGUUUCCCCGCAUUCCUUGAUCAGUGUUUUUUGUCCAGUUCUUAUAUUGCUGUGGUUCAUUUUUUUAUCAACUUCUAAUUACAUUUCAGUUAGUGUAUUAAUCAUUAAGAUAACAGCUGCAUUUUUUAGCGAGUACUAUUCAUGUUAAUGCCGUUUCUAACUUUUUCUAGGAUUUCAAAUAAGGUGUUCUGAUUAUUUUCCUUUUCUCUGCGUGUGUCAGUCUGAAUAUGUCCAGUUCUUUUUUUGGCGAUCACUCGUAGCCAAGGAAGAUUGUCUUCCAUAAACACGGUUUUAACAAUGAGGUCCAGCACCGAGGGCCUUCUGGCGGUUCCCUCACUGCGAGAAGCCAAGUUACAGGGAACCAGGCAGAGGGCCUUCUCGGUAGUGGCGCCCUCCCUGUGGAACGCCCUCCCACCAGAUGUCAAAGAGAACAACAACUACCAGACUUUUAGAAGACAUCUGAAGGCAGCCCUGUUUAGGGAAGCUUUUAAUGUUUGAUGUAUCACAGUAUUUUAAUAUUCUUUUGGAAGCCGCCCAGAGUGGCUGGGGAAACCCAGCCAGAUGGGCGGGGUAUAAAUAAUAAAUUAUUAUUAUUAUUAUUACUUCUUGCUGCAUGUAGGAGACAGUGGAACACUGACGCCAUGACAACAUGCCAUGUGUUUCCCCAGGCUACAUCAGGGAGAUGCAUGUGGCCACCAUUAGCCAAACAUCUUCCUGUCGCAGGUAGUUUGAGUCUGUUCCAGAGCCAUUCCAUGUUUCAUCCUUCCAUCUUUACCAUAUAUGGUGUGUGCUGCUGGAACGAGCUAUGUUUCCGCCUUGCAGGUUGAUUAAGUGUAGCAUCACAAGUUGUGGAGAUCUGUCUUCUGUCCUUGCCACAAACCAGAUGCUGAAACAAGUAGAUUUACGAGAUAAUAAACUGGGAGAUUCAGAAGUGAGGCUGCUGUGUGAAGGCUUGAAACAUCCAAACUGCAAGCUUGAGGUUUUGUCGUAAGUAUGAAAUCUGCCUCUUGGAAUGCAUUGUGCGAAGGGCUUCUUCCAAUAAUGAUAAAAAGAAUAUCUACAAUUAUACUUCCGUUCUACAGGGGUUUUUUCCCCUGUAGGUUUCUAUGUAAUGUGGGAUACGUUGCCAAGAAAAGGGUUAUCAAAAGUGUAACAGAGAGAAGGACAUGGAGAUAUUUGCUAGAUUUUUUUUCUACCACCAAAAAGAUCUUGAGGCCAUGAUGGAUAGCUUGAUGAAGUUUGUUGACUCAUUGUGCAGCACCUGUAAAAAAGGUGAAUUCUGUGCUGGAGAUCAUUAGGAAGGGGGUUGAAAAUAUGACUGUCGGAAUCUUAAUUCCUUUAUACAGAUUUCUGCUGCAAUCACACUUGAAACACUAUGUAUAGUUCUGGUUGCCAUACCUCAAAAUGGAUCUUGCAGAGCUGGAGCGGGUGCAGAGGAGGACAAAAUAAUCAAGUGGCUGGAACGACUCAGUGAAGGAGAGUUGCUAUAUUUGAGACUUUUUAGUUUAUGAAAGAGCUGAAAGAAUAAUAGUGGGAUUGAAGACCUGUAACAGAUACCCCUGAACCUUCCUCUAUCUCAACAGCAGCCACUACCUGAUCAUUCAGAGAAUCAUAACCUCCUUUAAUAAAUAAAACAGCUGUUGGUACCCUGAAAUAUGUAUGGGGCAUCUCCAAACACAUUUAAAAAGUAAUCUUGCUCCAGAUUCUCAGAAAUGUAGAGCUAAUAUUCCAGCACAAUAGUUGCAAAACAGUUAGACAGUAUUUAACAAAUGAUAUCAUAGUUUACAGACAUUGUCUGCUGGUACGUAAAUUGGCUCGAAGGAUUCAGCAUUAGGGAAAUUCAGAAGUGAUUAUAUCAUAAUUGGAAAAUGUGUUGUUGUGGUUUUUUUUGUUUUUUUCCCCCUUCUGUUUGAUUUAGGUUGUUUGCUUGCUGUCUGACAGCAGAUUGUUGCAAGGCUUUGUCUUCUGCUCUCAUUACCAACCAGACCUUAAGAAAAUUAGAUUUAACUUGGAAUGCAUUAGGUGAUUCAGGGGUGAAGCUACUAUGUGAAGGGCUAAAACAUCCAGACUGCAAGCUGCAGAGUUUGAGGUGAGUACUUGUGUGAGCAUGUGAAAAUAUGCAAUGCAGUGUAAAGUGUAAUAAAUGCAGCAUUUUUGUCAUGCAAAAUGGAGUGAUCAUGGUGAUACCUAUUGGCAGACAAAGACUAUCAGGAGUUAAGCUAAUGGGAAAUUAAUGCCCCUCGCAUUGCUGUUGGGGCACAUGUCAUACGUUCAACAGCAAAUCUAUAUAGAUAUUCUUGAUUUCUUUUUACACUAUUUGCAAGUGAGACUAUUAUACAUCCAAGUGAGUAAAAGUAAUCAUUUAUAAUGAUUAUUAUUUAUACCCCUCCCAUUUGGCUGGGUUUCCCCAGCCAUUCUGGGCGGCUUCCAACAAAAUGUUAAAAAUACAGUAGAACAAAGAAUCUUGACAGAUUGCCGCUCUGAGUGGCUUGUAUGAUCUAAUUGGGUCCAUGUUAAACUGACCAAAGCUCAAAGCCAGGCAAGUAUGGGUUAUGUUAAAUCCACAAGUCUAGAAUCUGGAAAUGGCAGUCCAGCAACAGGAAAUGGAUGUUAGAAAAACCAAUUGGAUGUUACGAAAACAUUCUUUAAGAAACAGAUAAAAGUUCCUAGAAGCUUUAAAGAGGGUUCCAGAACUUUCUUUAGUGUGUAGGAGUGGCACUCUAGGUUUGAUUGGUGUCAGCUGGAGGUGCAAAUAAAGGGAGGAAGUUGCAGGCUGCAAUUUCUGCAUGAGGAAAGCGCACACACACACACACACACACACCACGCACGCUAACAACAAGGUUGGAAGUAGGACAAUGUAUGCUGCUGAUACUGUGAGUUUUGUUGUAUCAGGGUUGUUAAUUACUGGACUGAGAUUAUACCAUGCUGGAGAGAUAAAGAAGGAAUGUAAAUAGUUUAUAAUAAUGAUAACAGAAAUGCUUGUGCAACCAGUCAAGCAAUAAAGAAGCUCUUGACUGUGAAUUUGAGUAUGACUCCUAUUCUUGUCCUCUGCCUCGGGAAAACAGUAAGAAGUGGUUUUGCUGAGGUGCCACCACACAAGCAGAAAGCGCAGCAGAAGUGUGUGGGCGGUAACCUCUAAUAGUGGAAUAUUGUUUCCUUUUUGUUUUGAAAGCGAAAUACUUGUUCUAAAGAUUGCCAAACUUGUGGGGCGGGAGGUGGGACUGUGUUACCUAUUUAACCCUCUGAAGCACAGGUGGACUUUCCUUACUUGGAGGUUUUUAAGCAGAGGUUGGAUGGCCAUAAGUCAUGGAUUCUUUAGUUGAGAUUCUAUGAUAGGCCUGUGUGACCCCUUGGCUGCUCUCUAGGUUAGCCCGGGCAACCUGUGCCAGAUUAAACCCUGUGGAGGCCCCUAGGUAUUCAAAAUCUUGGGGCCUCCCUCACAAAUUAUCUCCUAACAUGUUUUUGGAAUUUUCUUUCAAAACGAAAUCAAUAUUAUUUUGAACCGUUGUUGCGGGCCCCCUAAAAGGUUGGUGCCUUCUCUGUCUAUUUGGGAAUCCAUCACUGCUGACAACCUUUCGCUAAUGCCCAACUGAUCAGCCAUCAGGAUAUCUACUGAGUGUGUUUGUAUGUCAGUGAAUCUGCCCAGUUCUAGCCAAACCCACCACCCGCCACACUCAUGGCCAUGUGAUCUCUGAGCACCCACCUACCACCUAAGGCCUUUGGGUGCAAAUAGAUCACACCAUUCAUGAGCCACCAGUAUGAAUUGCAAAAAUGUUUUCCCUUUUUACUUAGUUUUAAACUGUGGGUGACCAAAGAGAACCCAUUUUAGUUGAAGCUUCGCAAAUUGUGUAAGUCCGACAGGUCACUGUUGUUCUUGAUGUCAUGUUUAUAACUCCUCCAUCCUGAUAACUCUUGUUUCUGUUCCGUGCAGGUUGUCCCACUGCUCUUUUACACAAGCUUGUGGCGGGGAUCUUGCCGAAGUCCUGAGGGAGAGCCAGACACUGAUAGAACUGGAUCUGGCUUGGAAUGAAAUCGAAGACAAGGGAGUGGAGCUGCUCUGCGAGGGACUAAAACACCCAGACUGUAAACUGGAGAUUCUAGAGUAGGUCACCAGCUCCUUUGCAGAAGCACAACACUCUCUUUAAUCUGUGCUUGUUUUCAUUUGUCAGGGUGCUGCAACAGUUGUUAAAAAUGAGGACUCAGUAUCAACUGCAUUUUAAAAAUAGUUGUGUUACUGUGUAUGGAUUUGUCAUAUUAAGAAAACAAACACACAUGUGCCCCAGUUUGUCAGUCUGCCAGCACUCUUCAUAAAACAGCCUGCCUUACCUAGUUUCUGCUUGGAGGUAAUUGUAGAUAAUAUUUAAAGUAGAUCUUCUGUAAAUUCCAGGGGAAACGCUUCCCCAACAUCCUGUGCAAAGCAGAGAGUGACAGUAUUACCCAAUGGCUUGACCACGUGGCUGUGACAAUCGAUCCCUCUUUGCGCCUCACAUGCAAGUUUAAAAACCAAUCCCCUUGCCUCUUAUCCUUGCUAUGGGGAGAAGGCUGCCAUGUGUGGUUUUUCAGGAGAAGUCGUACAUCAGGGUUGGGCAACCGCAGUCCCAAGGACUGAAUGAGACUCUCCAGUCAUUUGGCUUUUGGGACUCUCUCCAGAUCAGGCCAUACUCUUUCCCACGCCAUACUCCCUUUGAGUACUUUUGCCAGUUGGAAUGUGUCCUUGAACAGUGAAACACCUCUUCCUUCCUUGGAAGGAGAAUGGAGAAGUGUGUGUGUGUGUGUGUGUGUGUGUGUGUGUGUGUGUGUAAACUACUGGCUUUGGCAUCAGUGGGAUGUAGCUCACUAUAUGCAAAAGUAAGAUUCACAUCCAUUGCUCUGUCCAUAUUUACAUCUAGCCCUGCCCACCACUGGUUUGUGGCCCUCAGAAAGUUGUCCAUAAUGGAAUGGGGCCCUUGGCUAAGCCAGCAGUAGAUAAUCUGAGCAGGCGAAGGGAAGUGAUCACAUAAAUGGUUAGAUCUUUUGAAUCCUGUCAUAAUGGCAGGACAGCUCAUAUGCCCCAGUACCAUUCCUGUUGCCCUUCAUUAAAACGAUGAGAGGCUGGUGAGGGUUGUGGAGAUCCUAACAGCAGCUGCCUGGUCCUGAGGAAGAUAGUUGCUGUGAAAGAAUCUCCCUGCGCUUCAGGUUUUGGAUUAUUUAUUCAGUUAUUUAGUGCCAGGCAUUUUGAAGCUAUGACAGUGAGAAUGAAGGAUGUCACUGGGGAUUUGUCCUUACAUUGUGUAGGCUGCAUGGGUGCGGCAAGACACCUGCUGCUUGUGAGAACCUCUGUGCUGCCCUGACUACAAACCAGUCACUGACCAGACUGCAUGUCAGCUAUGACGUCCUGGGAGCCUCUGGCAAGGAUCAGUUCAGAAAUGCACUGCAACAUGGAAGGAGAAGACGGCAGGGACUGUGGUGAGUUAUUUCCGGCAGCCAUUUUGAAAUCGUGCCUCAUAAUGAUUGGGCACUUAAGGAAAUUGCAAUUCUACCAGAAUGUGGGAUUUCUUGUAGGGGAAAUCUGUCAUGUCAGAGUGUGGCCUCUAGGGGAUUGGGUCUAGGUGUUACUCUUACCCCUGAGCCAUAUAUUCCAGCAGGAUGGGUUAUUUUUAAAAGAAUCUGGCCUUGUUUUAAUACUUCUGGUGGUCUGUCCAGCUUUAGGUUUAAGGCACUAUACCAGAAGAGCACAUGCAGGAGUGUCAAUACAAUUUUCUCAGUCCAAUACAUUUUUCAGUAGAUCAGGCCCUUUGGUAGCAAAAGAGGACACAGAUUUGCAUAUGUUGUAUGUCAUAUGCAAAUUUGUGUCCGAUUAUGCGAGUAGAGGGCCCCUUCCCCCCAAAGUAGUGCACCAGGUUGGCAAAUGCUAAUACAUAGGAUUGGAGCCUAAAGCUUUAGCGGCAAUUCAAAUUUGUGCUUAAAAUAGGAAAAUAAACCAUUGUUUAGGCUGCGCAGGCUUACUAUCCUUCCGCAAAUGUUAUAGAAAAGAAUAUUAAAAGAUGGGUUUUUAGUUUGUAUAUAGAACAACCAGGCAUUUUGUGUUUUAGGAUGAAACACCUGGGGCCUUAUUUCUAGCAAUAACUAGAACUUAUUUCUAGCAGUAACUAGAACUUGACCAAGAACUUGUCCUUUCUCAAUACUGGAAAAUUAAAUGCGAUUUUCGAUUACAGGUUGAAUGGAGAACGUAUUGGCAUACCCGAGUGGUGA